ACCGCGGCGGCAGCGGCGGCAGCCGGGGCGGGAGCGGGGCGCACUCUGCAGACGAGUCAGCGGCGCCCCGGGUUGGGGGAGGCGGGCGGGCAGCUAGAGAUCACCUCAGCAGCCCCCACCACGGCCGAACCGAAGGUGCGGCGGCGGAGGGGAGCCAGGGCACCCCAGCAGAUUUCCAGUGAUUAUCUGCUGGAUUCGCCAUGACCCCAGCUCUGAGGGAGGCAGCAACAAAGGGUAUCUGGUUUUCAUCUUUACCAAGUACCAUGGAGUCUGACAAGAUGCUAUGCCUGGAAAGUUCAAGAACUGUAGAUGAAAAGCUAAAGGGAGACACUUUCUCCCAGAUGCUGGGAUUCCCAACUCCUGAACCUACUCUUAACACUAAUUUUGUGAAUUUAAAACAUUUUGGCUCCCCUCAGUCUUCAAAACAUUAUCAGACAGUUCUUUUAAUGACUUCUAAUUCUACAUUAAAUAAAUACAGUGAGAAUUAUAAACAGAAGAAAUUAGCAGAGCCCAAUUGCAAUAAGCUGAAAAACAUACUGUAUAAUGGCAGCAACAUUCAGCUCAGUAAAAUCUGUCAUCCUCAGUCUGAAGAGUUCAUCAAAAAGGAACCUCUGUCAGAUACCACAAGCCAGUGCAUGACAGAUGUAAAAAUUAUUUUGGAUUCAAAUAUAACCAAAGACACUACUGUAGAUAAAGUACAACUACAAAACUGUCAACGGUACCAAAAGAAUGCACUUUUGGGUAAAGUCACUGAUGCUGAGAUAAAAAAGGGUUUAUUGCAUUGUGCCCAAAAGAAAAUUGGGCCUGGCCAUUCAAAUGUGCCUGUUCUUUCCUCAGCUGCUGAAAAAGAGGAGGAAGUGAAUGCUCGUUUACUUUAUUGUGUAAGUAAACAGAAAACUUUACUUAACCAAGCUAGAAGAACUCAGAAACACUUGCAGAUGUGCCUGGCAAAGCAUGUUGUCAAGCACUAUGGUCAGCAAAUGGAGUAUUCUAUGAAACAUCAACUCCCCAAAAUGAAGACCUUUCAUGAACCUACCACAACUUUGGAUAACAGUUUAUCUAAGUGCACUGAAAUUAAGCCAGACAUCAACCUAUUGACUGCAGACAGUAAAUUGUGGAACGAUACAAAAAAUGGCUUUGCACGGUGUACAGCUGCAGAAAUCCAAAGAUUUGCACUGUCUGCUACAGGGCUGUUAUCUCAUGUUGAAGAGGGUCUCGAUUCUGAUGCAACUGAUAGCAGCUCUGAUGAUGAUUUGGAUGAAUAUACCAUUAAAAAAAAUGUGGCAGUGAAAAGUUUGCCAACCAUUGGUCUAAAGGAAUCAAAUUCCAGGGAAGGAUUAGCUCUUCCUAGGUCAGAAAACACCAAUGGAGAAGGGAUAGUGAUCCUAGAAGAAAGUCAACUUCCAAAAGACAUUUUGAAAAAACAAGUACAAUAUGCAGACCAAGCACCUUCAUUAAACACUACAGGGAAUCCUCAGAUUCCCCAGGAGAGUCAAGAUCCUUUACCAGAACAAGAUUUUGAAAUGUCACCAAGUAGCCCUACACUACUUCUUCGGAACAUAGAAAAACAGAGUGCACAGUUGACUGAGAUCAUCAACAGUUUGAUUGCCCCUCUCAACUUGUCCCCAACUUCAUCACCCCUCUCUUCCAAGUCCUGUAGCCAUAAAUGUCUGGCUAAUGGCAUUUCCAGGAGCGCUUCAGAGAAUUUAGAUGAGCUGUCUUCCUCCAGUAGUUGGUUACUUAACCAGAAGCACAGUAAGAAAAGGAGAAAAGACAGGACAAGAUUGAAAUCUCCUCCCUUGACUGUCAUGAGUACAGCAGCUCGAACAAGGCCACUUCAGAGUUUCCACAAACGAAAACUCUACAGAUUGAGCCCUACUUUUUAUUGGACUCCGCAGACUUUGCCUUCUAAAGAAACAAUGUUUUUAAAUACUACACAAAUGCCUUGCCUGCAGUCGGCUUCAACUUGGCAUAGCUGUGAACACAAUUCCAAGUCUCAGAUAUUAAGAGAGCACGUAUCAGAGUUAGAUUCUUCUUUCCAUUCUGUUCUAUCAUUGCCAUCAGAUGUGCCUCUUCAUUUUCACUUUGAAUCACUGUUUAAAAAGACAGAAAUAAAAGGAGAUCUUGCUGAAAACAAAUUUGUAGAUUGUAUCAUAUCUCCAUCACCUGUACAUAAUACUUCUCUGAGUCAAUGGAAAAAUGGAUAUUCUCCUACAUGCAAGCCUCAAAUAAAGCCAGAAUAUUCUGCACAGCUGUUACAGGGAAGAAAGAAAAGACACUUGAGUGAAACAGCAUUAGGAGAAAGAACGAGAUUUGAAGAGUUUGCUUUUCACCACGCAGAACUAGGAUCUCACAGCAAUUUUCCUGCUGUUACUAAUGUCAACGUUAUAUCAAGAACCCAGAAUUCAUCAUCACAAAAUACUGCACGGCGGAGAUUGCGAAGUGAGAGUUCUUAUGACAUAGAUAAUAUUGUGAUUCCCAUGUCAUUAGUGGCCCCAGCUAAGUUGGAGAAACUCCAAUAUAAGGAAAUACUUACUCCAAGCUGGAGGAUGGUUGUUCUUCAGCCUCUGGAUGAAUAUAAUGUAGGUGAAGAGACAGAAGAUCUUUCUGAUGAAGUCUUCUCCUUAAGACACAAAAAAUAUGAAAUGAGAGAACAAGCCAGAUGGUCAUUAUGGGAGCAAAGCAAGUGGCACAGAAGAAGCAGCAGAGCUUACAGUAAAAAUGUGGAAGGACAGGACCUGCUUCUGAAAGAAUACCCUAAUGACUACAGUGGUCAGCACUGUGCUGUUCCAAGUCCGCAGAGCCAGGAUCGGACUACACAUGGCUCACCUUCAGUAAAUGAAGGUCAAGAAAUCAAGUCUCUGUGGUGGGAACAACGGACUUUUCCACUGAAGGAUGAAGACACAGAAGGCUUACUAUGCAAAGAUGAAAAAAAAUAAUCAGAUUGAAAGAUCAAGGUGAACUUUCAGUGGUGAAGUCUCCUGUCCAGUGCACCAGAGAACGACCACCAUCCAAACAGGCAGGCAGACGGAAUGGAAGAGCACAAAACCUUUGCUCUAGGACUCACUCAUGUUAAAAGAAAAAAAAUUGGUGAUAGGAACAGGAUAAGAAAACUGAAUGGAAAACAGGAGAGAAAAGAAGCCCUGUUCUCGAUCUCCCCUCUGCCCCCCGACUCCUGUCACUAUUCCAGAGUAAAAGCAUGUGCUGCAUGUAGGAAUCUCUUAUGUUGUUUAAGCAACAGGCAAGGUAUUUCUCUCCUUCUUGAACCACAGGAGUUAACUAGUUUUUCACUUACAGACAAGUGCUAGUCAUUUGUGUUUAUGAUACAAAUCACAAGCACCAAAAAGCUGCUGCAAUUUGAUGUCAAAUCACAUUACUGGAUAAAUCAUUUUUAAAAGAUUUUACAUCUCCACACACACACACACAUAUAUAUAUAUAUAUAUAUAUAUAUACACACAUACUUGUGCAUCAAAUGAUAGAUCUUUUUUCUAUACACAUGGUAAUUCAUGAAAAUUGCUUCAGAAAUAUUAGAAUAUACAAAUAUGUGUGUAUAGAGUAUACAUAUACACACAUAUGUAGUUUUUAAAAAACACUGGCAGUGACCACUCCACAUAAAAAUGCAUGUAUGGACUACCCCAUGAAAUUUAAGCUGCAUUAUAAAUACAGAAGCACAUUGUUUCCAAUGAUAAUGGGCACUAAGUCUUGAAAUAUAGAGAGCAAAUUAAAAAAAAAAAGUUUAAUAGAAAUUAUUUAUGGAAAUUUCUAUACCACGUAACACAAUAUGCCUUAUUUGAAAUCACUGAUAUCUGUUGGACUAAACAUAGGUUAUUUUCUAUGCACUCCUAAUAGAAUCAGACAAGCAAAGUAGAGGUUAAGUAUUGGUGUUUUUUAAAACUAUCACAUCUUUUAAAACUCAGCUUGAGUUUUUAUCUACUUUAUUUUAUCUGUAUCUCAUGAAGAGAAGACACCAACGUAAAUGAGCACCAGGAAAGUCCUGUCAAUAUAAAACAUUGUAUUUCUAGUUAAUUUGGUCAUUAUACCAUAGCUUAUUCUAUUCAAAUAAGCAUCUAUUCUUACUUGUAUCCUAGAGUGAGAAUUAAAACUUUUCAAAGGAUAGUGCUUCAAUAUUGGAUACUGGAGUGUACAUUAAGGAAAACUUUUUGAAGUUAUUACAUCAUUUUCUGUUUCUAUGUAAAAGUUGAGGACAAUUUAUAUGAAUCACUUUUUCUCAUGUAAAAAAGGUUCAAGUUGUAGUACCCAUUAUAGCUGACAAUUCUGGCCAUCUGGCCUAGCCUCGGGGUGAUACUAAGUUUUUGUUAGGGACUGGAAAUUAUGCUAGUCCCUUUAAAAAAGAAAAAAAAUUAAAAUUCAAUACUGACAAAUUUUUGCUUGUUUUACUGUACAUUUAUUUUUUUAAAAAGAAAACAACAGCUAGACAAACCCAAGUUGUCAGGCAAAUAAACUCAAAUCUUUGUCAUGUCUGAUAUAAUCUUCUAUGUAAGUUUUUUAAUUAAAGUUAUUUCUAUAUACCUUAUUGUCUGAUUUGAUUAAACACCACCUUAUUCAUGGCACAAAACUUUCCUAAGCCAAAAUAAACACAAACAUUAAGAAACAAAUUUUUGCCUUAUAAUCUAGAAAAUAACAACAAAGCAAGCUCUAUUCCAUGCUUAAGCAUUAAUGUUCUUAUUUUUCAAAUCUUAUUUCUUAAAACUCACAGUAGCCUAAAGAAGUUCAAUGACACUGGUCCUGUUAUUUCUUGCCAUACGCGUAUAUGUGUUACAUAGCAAGAGUAUUUACAAUAAUGAAGGGGCAUAUAUAUUUGUUGUCAUAGCAUAAUUUGGGACACAAUAUUUAUUUUAUGGAUUAACUCUUGUCAUCUCUUAGCCUACCUGUUUUUUCAUGGAUUAAUAAAAUAUGUAUCCUCGGA